CGUGACGUCACUUCCUGCCCCUGCCCCGCUCCCGGGUUAACCCGCGCCCCGCGCGCGCCGCGGCCUCUUUCCGGCCGCGCUCGCCAAGAUGGCGGACACGCAGACAGAACGCGCCUACCAGAAGCAGCCGACGAUCUUCCAGAACAAGAAGCGAGUGCUGCUGGGCGAGGGCGGCAAGGAGAAGUUGCCCCGCUACUACCGCAACGUGGGGCUGGGCUUCAAGACCCCGAAGGAGGCCAUCGAGGGCACCUACAUCGACAAGAAGUGUCCCUUCACUGGCAACGUCUCCAUCCGGGGCCGCAUCCUCUCAGGUGUGGUGACCAAGAUGAAGAUGCAGCGCACGAUCGUCAUUCGCCGCGAUUACCUGCACUACAUCCGCAAGUACAACCGCUUCGAGAAGCGCCACAAGAACAUGUCUGUGCACCUGUCCCCCUGCUUCAGGUGUGUGCCUGUACCUUGGCUGUCCCCCCACCUGGAGCCUGCUCGCAGGUCAUGAUGUUCAAACUCACGAUGGUCUGCAGAGUCCCCGUGAGGGGCUGCUGACAAUGCCUCUGGCAUUACUGAACCACGGG